CGUCACGACACACAGUUUGAAUUAAAAUACACGAGAUGAUCCGAUGCAGCAGUUUGGACACCGUCUCUUCUUCUUCUCUUUGUGUUUGACUUCAAUUUCACGACAAUCAGUGAACUUUGACUUCCCCGUCAGCUUCAACUGGACCUUUAAACCCAGAAUCAGCCGAGUGUCAUAAGAAGUACUGGAUGUUGUGCAGAUUUUCCAUCAGACAUUGAAAUGCAGCGUGUGACUGCUGGACUUCACCUCCUCAUCGUCCUCGUCCUCCUCCUCCUCCUCCAUCCUCUGACCUCAGCUGACCUGGAGGAGGAAGAUGAAGUGCCGGUGGAGGUCAUCGUCAACGGCUCCCCCUGCAGCGUCACCUGUGGGCCCGGCGUGAAAACUCAAACCCUGUGCGUACUGAAAGACGGCAAGACGGCGGUGGAGGAAGACGUGAGGAGUAAAGCUGGAGCAGAGGUGUCGGAGGAGUGUCGUGUCCGUAAGGUGAAGUGUGUGGAGUCGUGGCGCUGUGGACUCAGGACGAUGACCGUGACCUCAGGACAGAGGGUGGACAUCGACUGUCUGGGAGAAGUCAUGGAGGCGAUGGGGAAGUUCUCCUGGAGGGUGUCAUGGCGCUACGCUCGAGGAAUAAUCAGCUCUGACGACUCUCUGUUCAAGCGCUGGGAGGCUCCUCUUCUGGGCCGAGUGGUUCUGGACCCGGUCAGGGAGGAGGACGCAGGAACUUAUCGCUGUGACGUGCAGGACGCCUCCUUCCGGAGAGUGAAACAGGUUUACUGGGGGAUCCGGGUUUUGCCCGUUGAAGUUCUCAAUCUGGACUACGAAACCUCUCUGGCCCAGUGGAGCUCUGCAGGAAACCAGAAGAACCAGACUGUGCCAGACAUCCACGAGACCGUGGCAGCGCUUGUUCAUGCGGUUCUGAUGGGCUCGAUCAUCGGAGGCGUCGUGACUUUUCUGAUCUUGCUGAGCCUCAUCCUGCUGAUGAAGAGACUCCGUGGUUGUUAGAGAUGUUAGAGAUUAAAGAAAGACAGCGACAUUA